AUGGGCUUCAACGUGCCGAUCAUCAAUCGCGAUUCGGAGGCGCUCAAAACCGACGCGAAGCAAUGGCUCGAGAAGAAUGAGAACCAGAAGAAGUGCGUGCUGGUGAUCGUCUCGAUCGCGCUUCUCCUCGACAACAUGCUCUACAUGGUCAUCGUGCCGAUCAUCCCGAAAUAUUUGCGCGACAUUCACAACUAUCAAGUCAGCUUCGAGGGCUAUCACAAUGAGACGGAGGUGUUGGCGAACGGCACCGUGCUGGUGCGCUCCGUCGGCGGCCACAUCGAGUACAACGACGAGGAGCUUCAAUUGGGCUGGCUGUUCGCCAGCAAGGCCCUUCUUCAGAUCUUCGUCAAUCCCUUCUCGGGCUACAUCAUCGAUCGCAUCGGAUAUGAGAUUCCGAUGAUACUCGGCCUCUGCACCAUGUUCUUCUCGACGGCGAUUUUCGCGUUGGGCAAAAGCUAUGGAGUGUUGCUGUUCGCCAGAAGUCUACAGGGCUUCGGCUCGGCGUUCGCCGACACCUCAGGCCUCGCGAUGAUCGCCGAUCGUUUCACCGAAGAGGGCGAACGCUCGGCGGCUCUCGGCAUCGCGCUCGCCUUCAUCUCAUUCGGCUGCCUCGUCGCGCCGCCGUUCGGCAGUGUGCUCUACUCGAUCGCCGGCAAACCGGUGCCGUUUCUCAUUCUCUCGUUCGUAUGUCUCGCCGACGCGCUCGCCGUCUUCACCGUCAUCAAUCCGCAUCGAAGUGUGGCGGCGACGACGGCCACCGGCGAGAAGGUCCAAGGCACCCCGAUGUGGCGCCUAUUCAUGGACCCGUUCAUCGCGUGCUGCUCGGGCGCCCUCAUCAUGGCCAACGUGUCGUUGGCGUUCCUCGAGCCGACGAUCACCACAUGGAUGGCCGAGGUGAUGCCGGACACGCCCGGAUGGCUCGUCGGCGUCAUCUGGCUGCCGCCGUUCUUUCCGCACGUGCUCGGCGUCUACGUCACCGUCCGUCUGCUGCGCGUCUUUCCGCACCACACGUGGGCGAUCGCGAUGACCGGAUUGGCGAUGGAGGGCGUCGCGUGCUUCGCGAUUCCCUACACCACCACCGUCAUGCAGUUGAUCAUUCCGCUCGCGUUCGUCUGCUUCGGCAUCGCGCUCAUCGACACCUCGCUGCUGCCGAUGCUCGGCCAUCUCGUCGACACGCGUCACGUGUCGGUCUACGGAAGCGUCUACGCGAUCGCCGACAUCUCCUACUCGUUGGCCUACGCGUUCGGGCCGAUCAUCGCCGGAUGGAUCGUGACCAAUUUCAGCUUCACCGCGCUGAACAUUGUGAUAUUCGUGACGAACGUCGGCUACGCGCCGGUGCUCUUCUUGCUCCGCAAAGUGCACACCUAUGACGCGCUCAAUCCGCAAUCCGAGAUGACGCAGCUCAACUCGUCGACGCAAGGGGCAACCUCGGCCUACGGCCAACUCGACACCACUAUCAGCAACUCGUAUCAAGGAUGGGACGAGCAGGCCUCCUAUCAGAACGGACCCGCCAAACCCAACGGACCACCAAUGUCGUUCGCCGAAUCGAAACCGCAACCCGAGUUCCCCGCCGGCUACGAUCCAUUGAAUCCGCAAUGGUGA